AUGAAAGGCGUGGGUGAAGCGGAAGAGGGGCUAGAGUGUGAGAGGGUUCGUGAUAAACGAAUAGGGGCUUGCCAAAUGGGUACCGAAGUGGGGGGCACGUGGUCGUGCUGCCUGCCGUGCGCCGGCGGCGGCGGGCGAGGACCUCCUGGAGGACUUGGUUCUGGUGUGGGUUCCGGUUCUGGUUCUGGGAACCCCGGAUUCUUGGGCGAACCCGAGAGCAAGUCCUCGAUUAUUGUUUGCCACAGCAAUAAGCGCCAGAAGAACCAGAAAAGCAGCAUCACGAGUGUUAUUAAGAGCACCUGUAAGCGUAGUGGUAGUAAUAAUAAUUCUGGGGACUUGGACGAUCUAGAGGCUCUUGACGCCGCUGUUGAGGCGGUCGCUACUGGAGCUUGCUUUCCUGGUACCAAAGGCUCUAAGGACAAAAGUCACCAGAACUCGGAGGACUCUAAUAACAAGGACGGGAACACUCAGCACCGGCUCAGUCCCAGGUUGCAUGAUAUUGAGGAGGAGGAUGAUGAAGAGUGUCGACAUACUAAAGAAAGGACCUAUCAAAAGAAAUCACCAACACCAAGCGCCGGAGGAACCGGCAGCAGAGCAGGGUGGCGUUCGCGCAGAAGCGUCACCACGGCGGGUGCAACUGGGCACCAACAUCACGUGAUUGCCACGGUGGCGGUCACGGCUCAGGCGAAAAUGCAAGCCGAGCAGGGUAGCAUCGGUGAGCUAAGGGGCUACCACAAUCUCCGGUCUCGUCGUCAUACGCUGGCGAAUGUACGGUGA